AGAGACAUAUAGACAAGAUAGCGUGAGAGACGAGUGAAUCUCGUGCCCACUAUUUUACUUGUAUGUCUCACUUCUCUGAAGCACAUCAUGAUGAACUCCACAACAUCCACGGACAUCUACGUUGAGUACUCAUAUGACUACAAUGGAUAUGACGGAAAUGAUGGUGAGGAUGCCGAUGCUGCCCCCUGCAAUCUGAAGGAAACAUGGGCGUUUCUUGGUCGCUUUGCCCCUAUAGCUUACAUCCUAGUCUUUAUCCUGGCCCUAGUCGGUAACGUUCUAGUGUUGUGUGUGAUCCGCCGCUAUCGGCAGUCUCGACACAGCCCCUGCUCCUUCUCACUGACAGACACCUUCCUGCUCCAUUUGGCCGUCUCUGACCUCCUACUGGCUGUCACAUUGCCAUUUUUCGCUGUCGAGUGGAUCAACGAGUGGGUGUUUGGCGUGUUCAUGUGUAAAAUCACCGGAGCGGUGUUCUCGCUUAAUGUCUAUUGUGGGGUGCUAUUCCUGGCCUGCAUCAGCUUUGACCGAUACUUGGCUAUCGUACAUGCCAUCAAUAUCAGCUGGAGACGCAAGACCUGCCACGCUCAGCUGGCCUGCGCCAUCAUCUGGGUCGUCUGCUUGGGAUUGGCCAUGGUGGAUGUGUUCUACCGUAAGGUGGAGAACGUACCUGGAAUUAACCGGAUGAUGUGCCAGACAGUGUAUUCUCAAAAGAACUUCCAGCAAUGGCAGAUUGGCAUGCAGCUGGUUAGCUUGAUUUUUGGAUUCAUACUACCCCUACUGGUCAUGCUGUAUUGCUACCUUCGCAUUUUCAAAGCACUGUGCCACGCCACGCGUAGGCAGAAACGGCGCUCUUUAAGGCUCAUCGUCUCAUUGGUCAUUGUGUUUGUGGUCAGUUGGGCACCUUAUAAUGCCCUUCGGCUGACCGACAGCCUGCAGAUGUUCGGGGUCAUUGUCAAAAGCUGUGCGCUGAAUAGGGUGCUGGAUGUGGGCAUUCUGGUGACCGAAAGCCUGGGGCUGGCGCAUUGCGCUUUAAAUCCACUACUCUACGGCCUCGUGGGGGUGAAGUUCCGUCGUGAGCUCACCCAGAUGUGCAAGGCUGUUUUAGGACCCCAGGGGUGCCUCGGAUUAGCAGGAUGGGCAAACGGUCGGGGAUCAACCAUCCGCAGGCCUAAUGGAUCAUUCAGCUCAGUGGAUAGUGAGAAUACUUCGUACUUCUCUGUCAUGGCCUGAAAAGAGUGCAAAUGACAUAAACACGAGGAGUGAUUGUUGUUUUUAUUUGGGAUUGGAAAGUAACCACGAUUUCAGUUUGUAUAGUGAGUGAUAUUAAAACUGAAAUUUUCCAUGUUCUCUUUUUCAAAAGAUGGCAUUUUCUUAUACAUCAGUGCAGCACAGCCAAAAGACUUUGUCAUCAAUUUAAAAAAAAAAAAAAAAACAUAUUUGUAAAAUGCUGUUGAUUUUGUUACCUCAGCGAAAUUUUUUGUGGUAUUGAAACCCUUCCAGUGAAUCACCCUCUGAGUUGUCUGGGUUUAGUGUUACAAAAAAGGAACUGAAAACAUGUUUUCUGACUCCACAUCUUCUUUCUUUAUUUUUCUCUUUUAUAAAUACUCUUAACAUGUAACACUGCAACGUCAAAUUGAGCUUUGUUUAUCUUUUUAUUAAUAUUUUGUUUUUUAUUUUAAGUUGAUGACAUACAUACAUAAUAGAAAUGAAGAUGACAGGAUAUUUUCUCCUAAUGUAAUUUUUGUAAAACAUUUUUAUUGGUAUUUUUGUUCUGUGUUGCCACCUCUGAUAAAGUGUAUGUUCCAUUAAAAUUGUAAUAAAGA